UAAAUUCAGAACAUUUUCUUCUUUAAUCAUUUUUUUUAAUAUACAUAUUUUUACCCCGUAAGUCGGCAACCGGUUUCAGUUUUAAUUAUAAUUUAAUAAAAAAUGUUCGCAACAAAAAUACGCCACGAUUCCGGAAAAUAUCCUUUUCCUGAACAAAAGGAUGUAAAUUACCGUAUUACUGAUACUGGUUAUGGUAAAAAUAGUGUUAAAAUUAUGCAUGUCGUACGUAAUGGACCGGUUCAUUCAAUACGUGAAUUUGAAGUUGAUACUCAUUUAAAAUUAUACUCAGACAAAGAUUAUAUUGUCGGUGACAAUUCUGAUAUAAUUGCAACUGAUUCCCAAAAGAAUACCGUUUAUUUGUUAGCGAAAAAAUAUGGUGUUAAUUCGCCUGAGGAAUUUGGUAUGAUGUUAUGUCAACAUUUUUUAAAUAAAUACCGUCAUGUCAGUGAAGUGCACAUUCAUGUUGAGGAAUACCCAUGGAAAAGAAUUGGUGAUGAUUGUGCUACCAGUGUCGCUGGCGGCUACAACAAUUCAUCAAAACAUAAUCAUGCAUUUAUUUUAACACCGGUUGCUCGCCGUUAUUGUGAUGUAAUCCAAACUCGUCAAAGUAAUAAACCAACUGUUAUUAGCGGAGUGAAAGAUUUACGUGUUAUAAAAACAACAAAAUCGUCAUUUGUUAAUUUUGUCAAUGAUGAAUAUCGUUCAUUACCCGAUCAAUAUGAUCGUAUUUUUAGUACAAUUGUUGAAUCAAGAUGGGAAUAUUCUCAAACAGAUAAUGUCAAUUUUUGUGCUGCAUUUGAUAAAGUUAAAGAAAUCAUAUUGAAAAAUUUUGCUGGCGAUUAUGCGAUUGGAAUUUCAUCACCGAGCGUGCAACAUACAUUAUAUUUGACGGAAAAAGAAAUUUUAGAUAAUUUACCACAAGUUACCGCUAUUAAAAUGCAAAUGCCGAAUUGUCAUUAUUUCAAUUUUGAUACAUCAAAAUUCCAAAGUGUUACACCAGGAGACAAUAAUGAAGUUUUUAUACCAACCGAUAAGCCAUUUGGCAUUAUUUAUGCUCAAUUGGAUCGUAAAAAUAUGAAUAAAUUAUAAGAGAAAAUGAUAUUAUUGCCACAGUUCACCUACAAUGAAAUAGAAAUUCAACAACUCGAAAACAAUGGGAAAAAAUUCAACGAUUUAACAAUGUCAAAAAAAAGUAGCAAAAAAAAGUAGAUAUAAAAUUUUAUAAAAGCAUUAUUAUCUAAAUAUUGAAAGUUUUAUUUGCAAAUUAUCUUUAAAAUAUUUAUAAUCAAUUAACAUUUUAAAAACAUGUCUACAUACAUAUACCUACAUUUAAUAUAAAAAUUUAACAUAUUACCCGGAAAACACUUAUGUAUGUACAUAUUUCUUAAUCUAUUUCACCAACUGUGCGAUUAUAUUGGAAAACAAUUAUUUUGAAAUAGUUUCUCAUUGUAUUUUGAAGAUUAAUAAUAAUAAAGCAGUCCUUCAACAUCCUUAUACUUUUAAUAGUUAAUAUUAUUUGAUUAUCUUAUGAGUGCAUUAUUAGAUUCAAAACUCUAUAGUCAAUCUAAUCAAGUUAGGUGUUAUUCGGACUCAGUUCAUAUGCGUUUAACAUGUUUUUGUAUAUUUGAAAUAAUUAAACUAUUCAAAUACUUAUUUAUGAGACAAAAUUUAUAUUAAUAUUUGCAUACAUAAUUACUUGAGUGAUUAUAUAUUUGCAUACAAUACUAAGUGAGA